AUGUCAAAAGUUAAGAUUAGACUUAGCACGACAGAUCGGGGUAAUCUCAGACCACCGCUAGGAUUACCCAACCGAAAUGUGGUAAAUGCAGAAGUGUUUUUGGAUGCGAAGUGCCCCCCUGGAACGACCCUCUUGCGCAAAUGUCUGAAAACUGAGAUGGGUGUUGUAGGAAAGUUUAGAUGGUCGCCGAUUGUGAGCACAUACACAGCCGGUGGAAUGGCAGAGGCGGGUUUGAGUGGUAGAUGUGCAAAGCCUAACAUUGAGGGUGCUACACGCAACUCACGCUCAAAGCUGGGAAUAUACCAGUCACAAUCUUCCGAAUGA